ACGCGGAACAUACCUGUUACGCGAAGCGUUCCCACCAAGCGGAGGAGCCGCGCUCUGCGAGACGAACAUUUGAAUACAAGAGACGGAUAGUCGGUAAAAUUCGACGAAAUAAAUCGAUCCGAAGUGAUACACGUCGUCAAAGUGGAUUCGUUAUUCUUCUCGUCCGGUGAUUGAAAGGAACAACCGGCGAUUAACAUGAACAUCGAUGAGUUUCAACUACGCGGCAAGGAGAUGAUCGAGUACAUCUGCGAGUAUCUACGCACUCUCGAAGGAAAAAGGGUGACAGCGAACGUGGACCCCGGCUAUCUAAGGCCCAUGCUGCCUAAAGAGGCGCCAGCUAAGGGUGAAUCAUGGGACGCCAUAAUGAGGGACGUCGACAGUAAAAUAAUGCCCGGGAUCACCCACUGGCAACAUCCGCGUUUUCACGCCUACUUCCCAGCAGGCAACUCGUUCCCCUCGAUCCUCGGGGACAUGCUAUCCGACGCAAUCGGCUGCAUAGGUUUCUCUUGGGCGUCGAGCCCGGCCUGCACGGAACUGGAAACGAUCGUUCUCGACUGGUACGCCAAAGCGAUAGACCUUCCGCCGGAGUUCCUGGCCGAGCACAAGAGCUCGAAGGGCGGCGGUGUGAUACAAGGGUCCGCAUCUGAGUGUAUUCUGGUCACGAUGCUCGCUGCCCGUACCCAAGCGAUCCGUACGUUGAAGGAACAGGACCCUAACACCGAGGAUUCAGCCUUUCUACCUCGAUUGGUCGCCUAUUGUUCCACCGAGGCUCAUUCCUGCGUGGAGAAAGCGGCGAUGAUCGGUCUGGUGAAGCUUCGCGUGUUAGAACCCGACGAGAAAGGUUCUCUGCGUGGUAAACGAUUGGAAUCAGCGAUCAGAGAAGACGUGUCCAACGGUUUAGUACCGUUCUUCGUCUCCACCACACUCGGAACAACCGGAUCGUGUUCGUUCGAUAAUCUCGUCGAGAUCGGUCCUAUAUGCAAACUUUAUCCAAACAUCUGGCUACACGUGGACGGUGCUUACGCUGGGAACGCGUUCAUUUGCCCGGAAAUGAGACCUUUCAUGGCUGGUAUCGAGCAUGCUGAUUCAUUCAACACAAAUCCCAACAAGUGGUUGCUCGUCAACUUCGAUUGUUCUUGCCUAUGGGUCAGAGACAGAGUGAAGCUUACGUCGGCGCUCGUUGUCAAUCCUUUGUACCUUCAACACGCCAAGUCUGGAGAAUCCAUCGAUUAUCGUCACUGGGGUAUUCCUUUAAGUAGACGAUUUAGAGCGUUGAAAUUAUGGUUCGUUAUGAGAUCCUAUGGAAUCACCGGAUUACAGAAGUACAUAAGAAAUCAUAUCAGAUUGGCGAGGAGAUUCGAGACUCUGAUGAGGAGAGACAAGAGAUUCGAGAUCACCAACGACGUCAGAGUAGGUUUGGUGUGCUUCAGGUUGAAGGAGAGCGACGAGAUCAAUCAGGAGUUGUUGGCAAAUAUCAACGCGUCUGGAAGACUUCAUAUGAUCCCUGCUAGAGUGAUGGGCAAGUACAUAUUGAGAUUCUGCGUCAUCAAAGAGAACGCCACAGAGGACGACAUAGAUUACGCCGUGGACGUGAUCGAGGAGCAUGCUACAGAGGUGAUGCUCGCUCAUUACGAGGGCACGGAGGACGAGUUCAGAGCGAAGGGACCCAAGAGUCCUGCCGCAUUGGACAAGAAGCUCGUGCGGAAGUUCAGCUUCACCAGGAGCGUAACCAGAGACGUGUACAAGAGAUCUAUCUCCAAGUCGAGCCUUCACGACGGCGCUACGCCUAUUAUGGUCGUCGAUGAUAAUUCUCAGGUCGACACCAUCGAGGAAGACGUUUUCUGCAACAGCAGGUCGUGACGUUCCCGAUGAUGAUAUCCAGACGAUUCGUGAUUUAGAUGAUAGGAAAGUCUCUCGAAACCGGCC